AGAAACUACUCGAAACCUAGCAUCAUUCAUCUCAUGGAAAUAAUGUAACACAUGCGAUGUAUGCAAGAAGUAUACUCUUAAUCGCUUCACUACUACAAGAUGUCUUAGCCUCUUUCUUACGGGUGGAAUCCGGCCAUCAGCGGAUACUAAUUGAUGGACGUGAUCCUUAUGUUGGCUUUUUCACGCAAAUUGAGUUCAGUGAACUUACCUGUGUAAGUGCCGUAGCUAUACAUUGUCUUAAACCAUUAACUGGUGCUGAAGAAAUUGAUAUUUUAUAUUCUGAAUGUGAACGCGACCAUUGGAAAGUCGCACAUUACACUAAUACAAAAGAACUCUACACUUUGGGAAAAGAAGUAUGGGCACGACGGUUAUCAAUAGCAAGCCCACUUGAGCUUUCCAUUAUUGACGUUCAAGUGGAGUCGUGUGGGAGCAGUAACUCAACGACGACGGUAAAUGACUGCCGUCCAUCACGAAUACAUCCUCGACGUCAUGGUAAACAAAAAUCCGUAAUCCGCGCUAAAGAUUAUGAACGGCGACGGCGAAAACGGUCCAUUGAAUACGUGCUGCCAGCUGUGUAUCGUACCGAUGCGUCUCCAUAUGAAAUUCCUGUUGAUGUCGUAAUACCUCAUGAUAGGACGAUAUUGGUCCAACCUGGAGUUGUCUUACGCUUUGGCGACGAUGUCGGCCUCACUAUAUAUGGUGUUUUGAUUGUGAACGGGACGGAAACGGCACCGGUGAUGUUCGAACCACAUGGUGAAAGCUGGAAAGGACUAGAAUUCAUAAAUGCUGCCCAACCAUCCCUACUACGCUAUGCGAACGUAAGUGGAAGCUUACUAGGAAUCACUGUUCGGAGUGGUAUACCGCCAGAACUUGAUAAUGUUAUAUCCACGUCAAAUCAGUACGGGUUUGACAUUAAGACCACAUCAGACGUACGCAUCAUCAGCUCGUCAGCUUUGAACAGCGAGAAAACUGGUUUCCGGAUAUCAACCAAGGUAGCGAAACUUGCUACAUGAUGUCCAUAUACAGUAUGAUGUCGUGGCACCACCUUCCUCACUGUCAUCACUUCUCCAUCGCACAUCCACUGGUGGUAUUGUUGUCCCCCCGUCGACACCUGCACCAGUACCGUGUCACUUCAUCAUUUGGAAGACUACGUCAACUGUGUCUUGAGCAGUUCUCAACUGCAUCUCGAAGCACUGUCAAGCAAAGAAUCUCUCUUAGUGCAUUAAGCAAAGUGCUGUGUGCUUGUUCUUGCAUUGUGUUUGGAAACCAUGAUUUAUUUAUCCGAGUAUAUAAUAAAUGAGUCGG